AUGAUUUUCCCGAAGCCGAUCACAGCAGAGGAGUUGAAAUACAUAGAGGAGACGUUGCAGAGGUCCGGUACGAACACCAGCCGGUCAGUGAAGCUGCCCCUGAAAGACAUCCUGAGCAGCAUGCCUGUCUGGGCCAUCAUCGUAGCUAGCGCUGGUAAUAACUGGGGCCUCACAGUUUUCCUCGCCAAGCUACCCACGUACAUGAAGAACAUACUAGGGUUUACCAUAACAGAGAAUGGGUUCCUGUCGGCCCUCCCAUUCCUGCUGCGCUACAUGGGAGCCAUCAUAUGGAGCUCCCUUGGGGACUGGUUGACCAAGAGGGGCAUCCUGUCCAUCCGUGCUUCGCGGAGAAUAUUUAGCGCUAUAG